GACCCUUUAUGAUCAGGAAAAACUCCUGGACCUCAUCAUACAACACCCUACCUUGAGGCUCUUUGUAUUCCUCAUAUGUCAACCCCUCCUUGCUUUAUAAGUGUGGUCUGUUCCUACCAGGUACAGAGAGAGGGUGUGGUCUGUUCCUACCAGGUACAGAGAGAGGGUGUGGUCUGUUCCUACCAGGUACAGAGAGAGGGUGUGGUCUGUUCCUACCAGGUACAGAGAGAGGGUGUGGUCUGCUCCUACCAGGUACAGAGAGAGGGUGUGGUCUGUUCCUACCAGGUACAGAGAGAGGGUGUGGUCUGCUCCUACCAGGUACAGAGAGAGGGUGUGGUCUGCUCCUACCAGGUACAGAGAGAGGGUGUGGUCUGUUCCUACCAGGUACAGAGAGAGGGUGUGGUCUGCUCCUACCAGGUACAGAGAGAGGGUGUGGUCUGCUCCUACCAGGUACAGAGAGAGGGUGUGGUCUGCUCCUACCAGGUACAGAGAGAGGGUGUGGUCUGCUCCUACCAGGUACAGAGAGAGGGUGUGGUCUGUUCCUACCAGGUACAGAGAGAGGGUGUGGUCUGUUCCUACCAGGUACAGAGAGAGGGUGUGGUCUGUUCCUACCAGGUACAGAGAGAGGGUGUGGUCUGCUCCUACCAGGUACAGAGAGAGGGUGUGGUCUGUUCCUACCAGGUACAGAGAGAGGGUGUUCUCUGUUCCUACCAGGUACAGAGAGAGGGUGUUGUCUGUUCCUACCAGGUACAGAGAGAGGGUGUGGUCUGUUCCUACCAGGUACAGAGAGAGGGUGUGGUCUGUUCCUACCAGGUACAGAGAGAGGGUGUGGUCUGUUCCUACCAGGUACAGAGAGAGGGUGUGGUCUGCUCCUACCAGGUACAGAGAGAGGGUGUGGUCUGUUCCUACCAGGUACAGAGAGAGGGUGUUCUCUGUUCCUACCAGGUACAGAGAGAGGGUGUUGUCUGUUCAUACCAGGUACAGAGAGAGGGUGUUGUCUGUUCCUACCAGGUACAGAGAGAGGGUGUUGUCUGUUCCUACCAGGUACAGAGAGAGGGUGUGGUCUGAUCCUACCAGGUACAGAGAGAGGGUGUGGUCUGCUCCUACCAGGUACAGAGAGAGGGUGUGGUCUGCUCCUACCAGGUACAGAGAGAGGGUGUUGUCUGUUCCUACCAGGUACAGAGAGAGGGUGUGGUCUGUUCCUACCAGGUACAGAGAGAGGGUGUGGUCUGUUCCUACCAGGUACAGAGAGAGGGUGUUGUCUGUUCCUACCAGGUACAGAGAGAGGGUGUGGUCUGUUCCUACCAGGUACAGAGAGAGGGUGUGGUCUGUUCCUACCAGGU